AUGUUCAACGACGCAACGAUGGACAUCAGCGCCUGGGCCUCCAACCCCGUUGUCCUCAAGAUGCUACAGCGCGCCCGCCUGUUGCUGCAAGAAGGGGCCAUGAAUGACAGGGACCUGGAGGAGCUGCUGCUGGCACACUUGAAGCACCCCUCGAACCAACACAAGUCCGAGUUCAACGAGCAUGUUCUGAGCUCGAGGCGAAUAAUGGCCAACCCUGAAGAGCUUGCAGCUGCUAUGAAUGAGCAGUUGGACGAGCGGCAGCUGGGCAACCGCGCAUACACCUCUGGGGACUUUCAGACGGCGCUCCAUCACUACGCUCGCGGCCUUAACGUGCUUCGCCUGUUGCAACCGGACAACCCUGGCGAUCAAAAAGUCAUACGGGAAGCUGAGCUGGCGUUGCUGCUCAAUUCGGCCGCAGCGCACCUGGCGUGCGGUGCUUAUGGCGCAUGCAUGGAGGCGUGCAGUACCGUGCUGUCAUAUGACGCCUCAAACACCAUGGCGCACCUUCGGCGCGCAAAGGCACAUAUGCUCAGGCGAGAGUACCAGGCAGCUGAUGAGGACCUCAACGCCGCGGAGGCCCUCUCUAACGGGUCCCGCGCUCAGGAGCUCCGGAGCCUGCGCCACGAGUUGCGAUUGCUUCGGCUGCGCGACCGGAGAACGGACAAGAGCGUUUACGAACGGAUGUUCAAGGCCUGA